GCCGCUCGCGUAGGCGCCGGCCCGGCACGAGGAGACCCGGCCCUGCCCGAUUCCGCAGGUUGGCCUGAAGGCCCCUGGCGGCUUGGCGGCGCGGGCGGGGGCCCGGAGCGGCGUCUGAUGCAACCUGCGGGCAACACCCGGCGGGGCUGAGCUCAUCCCUGGCCGCGGCCCAGCGCCGCCGCGCAUGGCGCCGACCCCCACCCUUCCCCGGGCGCCCCCUCACCACAGUCGGGGAAGGGAUGGAGUACCAGGUGGUCCCUCCAGGACCUGCCCCCCGGCGGCGUGCAGCGUGACAAGCCUGGCGCGCAUUGGCCCCUGGGGAUGGAGGGUGUUCCUAGAAUAGAAGGUGGACCGAAUCUUACUUUAGAGCCACCUAGGACUGACUCUUCCUGUCGCUUCCCAAACGGCUUGGUCUGGGGGGAGGAGGGCCCGGGUCCUAUUUGAAGUUAAUAACCUAGUGGUCAUCUAGGGAAACCACUCGAUUUUUAACACACGUAAUGUUGCAAGAGGGAGAUUUCGUUUGUUUUGUUGGACGCGGCCGUGUGUCCUGCAGUUCUCUGGGAGGGGGAGGACGUCCUAGAUGAUCGCGCACCAGUUCACUAGACGCAGAAGGUCAAGCCAUAAAGCCUUUCCUUAGCUCGUCUGGAGGGAGCUCGGGAAAAGAGCCAGCCGAGGUAUAUGUGAAGAUUUUUUGGCAGUUGAGUGUGGCCUCCUUGGAUCACAUUGCUCUGAUUUCUACCUGUUCUGUGUUGGCAAAGGAACGUGCCCAAAUGAGCAAGCUGUCGCAGCCAGCCACUACUCCAGGAGUGAAUGGAAUAAGUGUCAUUCAUACUCAUCAAGCACAUGCCAGUGGCUUACAGCAGGUUCCUCAGCUGGUACCCGCUGGGCCUGGGGGAGGAGGCAAAGCUGUGCCUCCAAGCAAGCAAAGCAAAAAGAGCUCACCCAUGGAUCGAAAUAGUGACGAAUACCGCCAGCGCAGAGAGCGGAACAAUAUGGCCGUGAAAAAGAGCCGGUUAAAAAGCAAACAGAAAGCUCAAGAUACAUUGCAAAGAGUCAACCAGCUCAAAGAAGAGAAUGAACGGUUGGAAGCCAAAAUUAAGUUGCUGACAAAGGAAUUAAGUGUACUGAAAGAUUUGUUUCUUGAGCAUGCACACAGCCUCGCAGAUAACGUGCAGCCCAUCAGCACGGAAACUACGACAACAAAUCCUGAUAACACAGGGCAGUAGAUCUCCUGCCAGGCUCCAGGGCUUUGUGACUUGAACAUGAGAGGUGUGACCAUCCUGCACCCCUUGGUUCAGUGGCUGAACUUGGUCUUGUUCCAUUGGAGGUUAUUUUCUAUGCUCAGCACUGAACAGCUAAUUAGCCAUGUAAUUUAUCUGGUCUUAAAUGAUAAUGGAUUUUUGAAGCACUAAAAGAAAAGUUAGGGUUUAUAAAACAAAAUUCCUGGACUUUAAUAUUCUUAAUAAAUCCUCACUUCCCUGGAAAUGGUUCUUUUGUAGGAAUGGGAAAAUGGAAGGUCAUGUAGAAGGUACUGGGUUCUAAUUAGACAAUACCUUGGAUUAAGAAAAGCUGAAUUCCAUCUGUGUUCCUCAAUUUGUGAUUUUAUUCUAAAUUGUAUAUGGUAAAUUCUAGGGCUUCAGAAACCAAUCAUAAUAAUUUGGCCCCAUUUUAUAGAUGUAUAAACCUGUGUUAGCAUAGUCAGCAUUGUUUUUUCCAACAUACACAUUUUUUAAAAUGACUUUAGGUGAAGUAAAGAAAUCCUAUCAGGUCAUGUUGAAGAGGUGGUUAAAAAUACAAAUUUCGUUUAGGAAGGAAAGAAGUGGUUUUAUAUGUUUUUCUUCCCCCUUGUUUGUUUUAAAGGGCAUAGAGUGUGAUUGAACUUUGGGGCCCUUCUGCUUAUUGGAUGAGCAUUAUCUGUGUCCUAAAAAACUAUCUACUGUGUACUGACAUUUUAGUUUCUGUGGAUGCAAGUAAAGGCAGCAUUUGGUUUGGGGAGAGACUAUUUUUUGUCAGCCAAGUUAGUAAAUAAAAUGCCUUGGCUUGAUGACACAGACCAUGGUUUGACCCAUGGUCUGAUUUUGAGUACCACUGAUUCAUUCGGUCUCUCCUGCAUGCAUUCAAAAUAACUGCCAACGGGGCCAUGAUUUUUAAAGGUAAAGUUUGUGUGUGUGUGUGUGCUUGUGUAAAGAGGCACCUCCUGGUGUUUGAUCUCAACUGAACGAUUAUUAGAAAAAUGAGUCAACAUGCCAUCUCUCAAAAGACUAGUCAAAGAAAACUUGAAAGUAUGAGGUUUGAAUCUUUAAUUUAUUUCCUAAAUCUUUUUAUUUUUAUUUCUUUGAGGAAUUUUUUUUCUAGUUUAGUGGGUUGUUCUCCGAACUUCAUGUGUUAUUGCUUCCAUUAGUAUGCCUUUAUGUUCUGUGUAAAUUAUUUUAUCGAGAAAAUGCUGAUAAAACUCAGGAUAUUGACUCUUUUGUUGUGAAACGGAAAAGCUGGGUGUCUGUAGGGUCUGCUCUUAUCAGUGUUGUAUUUAGAUCAUCUUCUUGGUAACUCAUGGUUUGUGCACAGUUCCAGUUCAGUUUGUUAGUUCCUGAGAUGGUAACUAAACAUGGGUCUUGUGUGAUCAAAGUGUGGGUUGCUGGGAAUCCUUUGUUUGAAUGUGGUCAUUUCUGGCCCUGUGUCCUACUAGGACUUGGUAACCCCAGUGCCACUCAGGUUGCUCCCUAGCAUGGCAGGAAGUUGCUGACUGUUCUGGGCAGAAGCUGUCAGGGCUCUGGAGCUCAGCAGAGCUGAAGACAGGAGCCGACGCUGUUCUUUGGGAGCCAAGAAAUGAGUGGGGUUUUAAAAUUAGGGCCCAGCACCAGUUUACCUGGGCUCAAAUAGCCAUCUACUCCUAAAGAUUGAGAGAUGUUUGGAUAACAAAGACUCACCCAUAUAGUUCUAAUCUUCACCAGCUGAUUGAUAAUUACGUAAUGGUGACGCAGUUGGGUCCCACUUGAACAUGUAUGUACCUACUAGGAUAGGACAGACUUGGGAAACUCCUACUUCUGAACACCAGCUUUCACAAAUGGAUGUUCUUGGAGUUUGUGGUUACCAGUGCUAGGACUUUAAAAAGCACAGCUUUUUAAAGGGAAGCUUUCAAAGGGAAGUCAGUGCUCAAUGUUUCUAAUCAGAACAUACAAAUGAGUUCCAGCUUUGCUCUUACCUUUGUAAAUGAGAUUGUUAGCACAAGCAAGUAGUUCCACAUUGAACACAGAUGUUAAUUGGUGUUUGGACUUUCUUACUCAAGUGGGAAUAAUGUUUAGCUUGAUAGAUUUCUCUGUAAAGUUGGGGGAAACUAGGUUUGGGGAAUGGGUAAACUUAAGGCUUUGGAAACUGUAGAGUGACUUUUGAAAGUCUUGUUACUGGGAAACCUUUAUAGUUUGAUCUGCCUUGUGGACUGGUCAGUGGCUUAGGAGUCAAACUGUAGUGUGGAUUAGCCACGUUUCUGUCUCCUGGGACGGCUGCCCUUUGACUAGUUCUGAGCAUAGAGGAGGAAUCAGAGCUACCCUCUCUGUCUAGCCCUUUGGGUAAUAGGUGAUUUUGACAUCUCAGUAAAGAUUUUCCUAAAAUAUGACUGGGUGUUUGAAAUCCAGGUCAGGAGGCCAUUCAGUUUUUACGGUUCUCAGUUUAUGGAACUAGAAACGUGUAUAGUUUGAUAAGAAAGAGAUGCAGCUGCUUUUGAUGUUUCUUAACCCCUCCCACCCCUUUCCCAGGAAGCUUCGUGCCUGGACAACCCAUGGAGCUCGUAGAGUGCUCCUGAUGCCUUAGAAAUAGGAAAAGAUGCCUGUUUGUGUGACAGGCUGGGAAGAUUCCAUUCCACAGCUAAUCAGAUCUGCCUCAGGAAAAAUACUCGCUUGUUCUAUUUGUUCCUGGCCUUCAGUUUGUGAGAUUGCUCUAUUUUUUUAAAACAUAAUUUUAUUUCUUUCAACGAAUUUAAAAAUAAAAAAAAACACCUUUGGAACAAUGA